UUUAUUCAGCCUGAAAUCUCGCUUUCCCCAGCAAGCUCCUGUUUGGGAUUCCAAUGUAGGCUCCAGUGAUUUUAUAGAGUUGAGGACAUGGCACCUGGAUGGACUUUAAGGCUGAGGGAAUAACCCCUAUGAUCAUGUCCCAGGACUUUGGGGUGACCUAUGGCUGCGUGGAAGGUGAGCUAGGAACUAUUUGGGAAGCUGGCACAUUUCAUGUGGCUGAGCAACAGAUUGUUAUUAUAUCCACUCCAGAUGUUCCCGCUGAGGGACCUUCGAACCCUGGCCUCAGUGAGGCCGAGCUGAUGCUAUUUACUACUCCGCAAGGGCCAAGCGCAGGAUGUGCUGGACAGAAGCCGACCCUUGGGCGACCGCCGGUGAAACGGAAGUUGGAUUUGGAAGCGGCUCUCAGAUCGGUUCCAGACGGACUUCAAACACCCCGGGGCAAGACGAGAAAUCUUGGAAGAGGAGUAAAAUCCCCAGGAGAGAGGUCUCGAUAUGAGACGUCUUUGAAUGUGACAACAAAGAGGUUCCUGGAGCUGCUUAGCAAGUCGGCUGAUGGUGUGGUGGAUUUAAACUGGGCUGCCCAAGUGUUGAAUGUCCAGAAAAGGAGGAUCUAUGAUAUCACUAAUGUCCUGGAAGGGAUCAGUUUGAUUGCCAAAAAAUCCAAGAACCACAUUCAGUGGCUGGGUAACCGGUCUGUGGUAGAGUCUAGCAGUAAAUACCAGACAUUGGUAAAGGAUUGCCAAGAGCUUUUGGCUACGGAAGAGCACUUAGAUGACCUCCUUCACCAGUGCACCACUCAAAUGAAACUGCUUACCGAGGAGUCAGAGAGCCAACAAUUGGGAUAUGUAACCUGCCAGGACCUUCGCAGCAUAGCAGACCCAUCAGAACGGAUGUUGAUGGUCAUCAAAGCCCCACCAGAAACCCAUAUGCAGGUUUCUGAUCCAACAGAGGCUUUACAGAUAUCUCUGAAAAGUACGCGAGGGCCCAUUGAUGUUUUCCUCUGCCCUGAUGACUCUUCUGGGGUCUGUAGUCCUGGUAAAAGUCCCACAAAAGCUUCCCAAUCCAUCCAGUCGCCCAGCUCCAACGAAUCAACGACCUUAAUACCUGACCAGGAUAUCGGCCUAGGACUACUAUCAUGUGACCAAGGGUCCUUACUGUCACCAGAUACGGACCUUCCCUUGGGCUACGCAGGAGAUGACCUCCACAUGUCCCCCAUCACCUCUGCCACGUUACCGGACUUCCUUUCUGACGAGCUGAUCAGUUUGUCUCCACCUCUGACUAAUGAAUACCGCUUUGGCCUGGAGAAUUAUGAAGGUGUCGGGGAACUCUUUGACUGUGAUUUUGGCGACCUGGCAUCUCUCGAUUUGUGAAACGGCAGAUGUUCUGUUCCUAUUCCUGAAUCUCUGCAAGCUUUUGCCACAGCGCCUUAUGCUCA